UCCUUCCCUCCUUUCUCACUUCCAACAACGAGCUGCGCUCGUCUCACGUUCUCUGCUGCUGCUGGUCUCUGCCACUCUUUUUUCUCUCUUUCCGAUCCACGAACCUCUGCCACCAUGGUCUUUGUUCCCUCCCUUCUCCUCUUCGCUCUCUCUGCAUCCGCGGCGCCGAUGCUCAACAAGCGCAUCGACCAGGUGACCGCCGAUUCCACCACGAAGUGGGAGGCCGCCUGCACCGCAGCCGGAGGCGGCACCCAGUGCAACAACAUCGCCGUCCAGCAGUGCUUCCCCUCCCUGCUCGCCGCCGCCGGCCCGUGCGACCAGCAAAACGCGGCUGACGCCAUGGUCGACCUCGCGAAGCAACUCAACAACGACGCAGACAUGAUCACAUUCGCCCAGAUCUUUGCCCAGCAGCCCAGGAACUCGCCGACCUCGCAGAUGGUCCCAUACUGCCAACAGGCGCCAAAGAACGCCGAGCUCACCGGCGCGUUCCAGUGCCAGUUCAGCGGCACGAGCGCGACCGAGUUCGUCGGCGGCGUCGCGGUCGGCGGCGCCGGCACCAUUCCCUUUGGACAGACCCAGGCCGUCAACCCCCGCGGCUCCUGCCCCGCGAACCCGAAUGGGCCCGUCCCCGACGGCGAGCAGCUCACCGACAUCACCUCGGACCCGGGCAACGUCGGCACUGGUGCGGCGAGCUCGGGCAGCGGCAGCGGCUCUGCCAGUAGUAGUGCUGCUGCUGCGGCGCCGCCUCCUUCUGCUACCUCUGCAGCAGCCGCGACGGCGUCUGCGGCACCGACGACCGUGGACAACAGUGGCAGCGGCGGCAACGCUGCUCCGGCUUCGGCCUCGGCUUCGGCUGCGGCACCGCCGCCACCACCUGCGACGACGAGCACGGCAGCGGCGGCAGCAUCGUCGAGCUCGACGAGCUCCUCGGGCGACUUCCAGCUGCAGAACGGCAAGGACGCGCAGAAGCUGAACGCGUCGUUCCAGGACAUCUCGGCGAGCGACUCCUGCAGCGAGGGCUCGAUGGCGUGCGUCACGCAGAACGGCACCUCCGGCUUCGCGCAGUGCGUCAACGGCCAGUGGGCGAUCACCCAGUGCGCCGGCGGCCUCCAGUGCUUCGCGCUCCCGCUCGUCGCCAAGCCCGGCACGUCCAUCACCUGCGACAGCCAGGCCGACGCCCUCGCCCGCAUCGCCGCGACCGGCGCGACCGGCGGGCUCACCGGCUCCUCGUCGAACUAGAAGCGCUUUUUUUUUGUUGUUGCGCGCGCUCCGGGAUAGAAGGAGGGGGGUCCCCCCGCUUAAUUGUGUGUGCUGUGGAGGGGAGAGAAAGAGACAGCCGGCCCUGCAUGGUGCGGGGCAGAGGUGGAGGUGGAGGUGGAAGUGGGCAGCGCAGUGUGCGCGUCUGUGACGCGCCCCGGGCGGCAGUGAGGCGGUUGGUUUUGUUUUCUUCGUCUUUGAUGCUGGGUGUGUCCCCCCGCUGUAUCGAUAGCAUUUCCUCUGCACGCUCCGCAGCUACUUUUUGCAUAAUGAGAAAGACAAGGCUGCGAAGGAGAUUCAUUGUCUGUC